UUGUUAGGGCGUGGCUUUUCUUUAUCUAACAAAAACAAAACAUAAAUCCAAAAGAGUGGUCUUGUGGUACACAUUGCGCUAACAAAAACAACGACAGUUCGCACGUCUAAUAUGCAGAUAACAAUAGUAAUUUCAUACGCUUCCCGAAGCCUGACACACUUACAACACCGCACUCAUCAACCACAUAGCAACCACCCCUAGCAGAAACUUAAUGACGUAAACCCAGGGCCCAGUUGAAUGUCGAGAUGAGUCCAUAAAUAUAUAUCUAGAGGAUUAAAGCGGAGCUUAAAACAUCUUAUUGUACAUCAGUGUGAUCACGUGCAGGUAACUCUAGAUCUAUUUGUGUGAGGUGUGUUGCUGGUUGGUGUAUAUGCGGUGGCGGGUGUAGUUCAAACAGGAUUCUAUUUCGCUGUCGGAUACCUAACUGGAUUCUGGUUGUCCAAGCUCCGGACAUAAUGAAUUCCAGCUACCAAAGAUGUUUGUUUAUAUGUAUGUCAAUGACAACUCUCGCUACUGUAGCUUUCUAUUGGACAGUUAAUCCAGAUGUGGGUGUGUUCCAAAUCACAACUUUCAAUUCAACAAAAGUUAGCUUAAGAGAAACGUCCAUUCUCGGUGUCUCUCAAAAGCAUCCUCUCGUACUUCGUAGACGAAAUGUGGUCAUCACUUCAGCAGAUUCUCCUCAUGCAACUAAACGCAUUGUGUGGAUGAACGUCCCACCCUGGUACAAGACAGUUACAUCUUUCGCCCACUGUUACGUUCGUUCGUGUGAAAUAAGUACAGACGAGGAACAUAUUUCAUCAGCUGAUGUUGUGGUUGUCAAUGGUGUUAAUUUGCCAUCAUCAAAACACCCAAAUACGGACAUGAACCAGGUGUGGAUUAUGUAUGGAUGGGAAGCACCUCCCCACUAUUCAACUAACACGAUUUUCCGUUCUGACUGGAAUGGACGUUUUAACUGGACAUUGACGUACCGACUGGAUUCGGAUAUACCAUUUCCUUACAAUAGGAUAGUGUACACUGGAGGCAGUGUGAAUAUAAGUGAUGUUGUAAGACGGAAAAGCCGAUCUAUUGCUUGGUUUGUAAGCAACUGUGGUACACCCUCAAAGAGGGAAGUGUAUGUUGGAGAACUGCGGAAACAUAUUGAUGUCGACAUUUAUGGUGCCUGCAGAAAUAAUAAGAGUUAUGACUGUCCAAAAGGAAGGUCUUGUCUUGGUCUGUUAAACACCACGUAUAGAUUUUAUCUUUCGUUCGAAAAUUCCCUAUGUAAAGACUACAUCACAGAGAAGUUCUACAACACGUUCAUGACUUCAGCUAUUCCCAUCGUUCGUGGAGGCGCUGACUAUGCACGUCUUCUGCCAGAAAGAACCUUCAUCAACACGGCAUCAUUUGACAGUCCAAAGAGUUUGGCGAACUAUAUCCGAUAUUUGGAGAGGAAUGAGACAGCUAUGGGGGCGAUUUUAGAAAAGAAGCUCAAGUAUGAAUACAUUAAUUCAGAAGGAACAGAUUUCGAUUGGAGGUGUCAGCUGUGUGCCAAGUUACAUGGAAAUACUACGAGAAAGUCUUACACAGAUAUGAAACAAUGGCUUAAGGACGGAAAGUGCAUAGAACAGCCAAAAGAUCUGCCGUAGUGCUUGGGAAUGUAAGAAACGUGUCAUAAUCAUUGAAGAUCAAUACAAGAUUUGCACACGAGGCAGUGGGAGUCCCCAGUUGAUACUUGUAAUACACUUGUUAAAGAACUAACCCUAUGUUUGCUCUCUCUGUGUGCUCUUCAAUACACGUGUUCAAGAUCCAGAUGUUGUAUGUGUCGAUACUGGUGUUUGUGCUGAUUGUGAUGCUGAUGGUCACGCUGGAGGCUUGUGUUGAUACAAAUGCCAAUAUAAAUAUUGAUGUUUAUGACUGUACGAACCGAACACUUUAAUUCUAAUGUUUUAAAUUAUUGAAAAUGUAUGUGAAUGAUAAUAUAAAACACUUUGGUGCAUUCUC